CAUGGUUCAGUGCCCCCCAGGCCCCCACCUGCCCCCAGCAUCCACCGCGCGGCCAAGCUGGGUGCCCCGGGGAGUCUGGCCGCCAUGCCACCUCCUCUUCUCCUCUUCUUCCUCCUCUUCCUGACCCCUGAGGGAGUCAGGCCCCAGAAAACACUGCUGGUGGAGGCUAAAGAGGGAGGCAAAGCUGAGCUGCCAUGCCUCAAAGGUCCCUCAGAUGGUCCCCCUGAGCAGCAGGCCUGGUUUCAGGGGGCUCAGUCAGAGCUGGACCCAGGUUCACAAGGCCUGGGCAUCCAGAAGGGGCCCCUGGGCCUCCAGCUCCUCAUCUUCAACGUCUCUGACCAGAUGGGGGGCUUCUACGUGUGCCAGCUGGGGCCCCCUUCUGAGCAGGCCUGGCAGUCUGGCUGGACAGUCAGCGUGGAGGGCAGCGGGGAGCUGUUCCGCUGGAAUGCUUCAUACCUAAAUGACCCAGGCUGUGGCCUGGGGAACAGGUCCUCAGAGGGCCCCAAGCCCUCUUCUGGUUACCCCACAAGCUCCCAGCUGUACGUGUGGGCCAAAGGCCACCCUGAGAUCUGGGAGACAGACCCUGAAUGUGCCUCGCCCAGGGGCAGUCUGAACCAGAGCCUCAACCAAGACCUCACCGUGGCCCCUGGCUCCACAUUCUGGCUGCCCUGUGAGGUGCCCCCUGCCUCCGUGGCCAGAGGCCCCAUCUCCUGGACCCUCGUGCGCCCCAAGAAGCAUAACAUCUCAUUGCUGCACUUAAACCUGAGGGAGGAUGCCCCGGUCAGAGAGAUGUGGGUCCUAGACACCCUCAGGGGAGGGGCUGUUCUGUUGCUGCCCCAGGCCACCGCUCAAGACGCUGGCACCUAUCAUUGUUACCAUGGCAACAUGACCAUCGAGAUGCAGCUGAAGGUCACUGCCCAGUCAGUAAGACACUGGCUGCUGGAGGCUGGUGGCUGGAAAGUCCCCGUUGUGCCAUUACUUUAUCUGAUCAUCUGCCUGGGUUCCCUGGUGAGCUUUGUUCAUCUUCGAAGAGCCCUGAUCCUCAGGAAGAAAAGAAAGCGAAUGACCGAUCCCACCAGAAGGUUCUUCAAAGUGACGCCUUCCCCGGGAAGCGGGUCCCAGAAUCAGUACGGGAACGUGCUCUCCCUUCCCACGCCCACCUCUGGGACGGGACGCGCCCUAAGGUGGGCUGCAGGCCUGGGGGCCGCCGUCCAGUCGUACGGAAACCCGCGCAGCGACGUACAGGAGGUCGGAGCCGCGGGGCCCCGGAGCCCGCCACCAGCAGGCCCAGAAGAAGAGGAAGGGGAAGCCUAUGAGGAGCCGGACAGUGAGGAGGGCUCCGAGUUCUACGAGAAUGACUCCAACCUCGGGCAGGACCAACUCUCCCAGGAUGGCAGCGGCUAUGAGAACCCUGAGGACGACGCCUUGGGCCCCGGGGAUGAAGACUCCUUCUCCAGCGCAGCCGAGUCUUAUGAGAAUGAGGAUGAAGAGCUGGCUGAGCCAGUCGCCAGGACAGCAGACUUCCUGAGCCCCCAUGGGUCUGCCUGGGAUCCCAGCAGGGAGGCAACCUCUCUUGGGUCCCAGUCCUACGAGGAUAUGAGAGGGAUCCUGUAUGCAGCCCCCCAGCUCCGCUCCCUUCGGGCCCAGCCGGGUCCUAAUCAUGAGGAAGAUGCAGACUCUUAUGAGAACAUGGACAAUCCCAAUGGGCCAGAACCAGCAUGGGGAGGAGGGGGCCGCAUGGGCACCUGGAACACUAGGUGAUUCCUUCCAGCAGAGGACGGAGAGCUGCAUCCUGGGUAUGAAGGGGCCUUUUCCCUCCUGUGAUUUGGCCUGCAUCUGUUGCCCUCACUUGCCUGCCACUCUCUUCAUCCAGUUGCUUAGCCACCAUUCAUUCAGCAGCUGGGGGUGCCCAGUGAAGAGAAAGCCAUCCAGGAGUUGGCAGUCAUCGCUGACAUGUACUGAGCAUCUCCUGGGGUGCCCGGGUGGCUCAGUUGGUUAAGCGUCAACUUCGGCUCAGGUCACGAUCUCAUGGUUCCUGCGUUCGAGCCCCGCACUGGGCUCUGAGCUGACAGUUGGAGCCUACUUCAGAUCCUGUCUCCCUCUCUCUCUGACCCUCCCCUGAUCGCACGCACGCUCUCUCUCUCAAAAAUAAAUAAACAUAAAAAAAAAAUUUACUGAGCAUCUCCUACGUUCCAACACCAGUUAACUAUUUAAUCUUUAAAAGUAUUUUUUUUUAACGUUUAUUUAUUUUUGAGAGAGCGUGUGCACCAGUGCGCACACACACGGGCACACAAGUGGGGGAGGGACAGAGAGGGAGACAGAGGAGCCCCGUGCCAGACUGGAGACCCAGUCCCUCUCCUGAUCCAGAAGGUUCAAUGUGCUAUAGAAGACUGACUAGAGUUUUCAGUCCUUACACACUUUAUUGCCAGAAUUUCGCUUAAUGUACCCAUUUUUUUUCUUCGCAAUGCCCUGUUAUUUCGAGACCGUCUUCCUUCUUUAUCUCUGAACCUUUACAACUUACUUUCUGUGUGUUAACACUAUUAUUCUGUGCCAUGCAUUGUGCUAAUAAGUGCUUUACAAAUAGCAUCUCAUUUUAUCCUUACAACAAUCCUUUGAGGGAGGGACGCUAAAAUUAUUCUGUUUACACCUGGGAAGCCUGAGUCAUGGAGAAAUUAAAUACUUCCUGCUAACUGACCUUAGGUAACUUACUUAAGUCCAGGGACCCUCAGUUUCCCUGACUGUCUAAUAGCAUUAGGGAGGGGGCAUGGUGUGGUUACCAUUAUCUGUAUAAUGGGUUGAAUUUUCCCGUGGUGAUGUCAAGGUCUCUUUGACUUCUUCAUGUUUCUCCUGAGCUUCCUGGGCCCCACUGCCUGGGGGCCAGCAGUGACUUUUUCCCUCCGCUGUCUGUUGGGUGACUUGCUUCCAUUCUGCAUCCCAGGGCCCGUGGGUGGAUUUUUUUUCUGUCUUCUGUGCCCAGCCCUUUCUCAGCUCCUGGUUUUGGGCAAGACACUCAGUUUCCUUUCUCUGCUGUCCCUGGGGCCUCAGCUUGACCUCUGUCCCCAUGUGGGUAUGAAAACCCCAAUCCUAGGGAUCUCGGUGUCCCCGUGGAGUGCUAGACUUCAGCCACCUCUCAGCAUUGUGGCUUUGAUUUCCUUCUUUAUUUCUAGCACCAGGAAGGUUGUGUUGCUGUUGAGCUCAGAUAUCUAUUUUAAAAAGAAGAAGAAGGCGUGCCUUGGUGGUUCAGUCACUUGAGGAUCUGACUUUGGCUCAGGUCAUGAUCUCAUGGUUCAUUAGUUCGAGCCCCAAGUCAGGCUCUGUGCUGACAGCUCAGAGCCUGGAGCCUGCUUCGGAUUCUGUGUCUCACCCUCUCUCUCUGACCCACCCAGCUCACACUCUGUCUUUCUCAAAAAUAAACAUCUAAAAAAAUUUUUUUAGGGGCGCCUGGGUGGUUCAGUUGGUUAAGUGGCCAACUUCAGCUCAGGUCAUGAUUUCGUAGUUCAUGAGUUUGAGCCCCACGUUAGGCUCUGUGCUGAUAGCUCAGAACCUGGAGCCAGCUUCAGAUUCUGUGUCUCCCUCUCUCUGCCCCUCCCCUGCUUGUGCUUUGUCUCUCUCUGUCUC